GCGUAUUACAACCAUGACUACAACAAUGGACGACACGUGUGGUCUGACAAUUUUUCGUUCUGGGCGAAAUAAACGUAACGUCACAGUUAAAGCGUCGUUGUCACCUCCGUGACCAAAGUAAACAAAGGCGUCAAUGCGUGUAUUUAAAAGUCAUUUUUUAUGGUGCUUGUGGCCACCUAAGCGCUACAUUUAACGCGACCCUUUUUUACCCUUUUAGCGGAAUUUAGCACGCUACUGAGAGAUAUUCCAUCAUGGCAGACAGCAUAGAUCACGUGGACCUGCUGGCGGUUUUCAGGCAGUUCGCCAUCCACGGAGACACCAAGGCCACCGGGAAUGAGCUGAAUGGGAAGAACUGGGCCAAGCUCUGCAAAGACUGCAAGAUUAUUGACGGCAAGAACGUGACAGGCACUGACGUGGACAUCGUUUUCUCCAAAGUCAAGCAGAAGUCGUCUCGCAUCAUCACCUUUGAGGAGUUCCAGCUCGCACUGGAGGAGCUGGCGUCGCAGAGGUUCAAAGGUAAAAGUCACGAAGAGGCCCUCCAGUCCAUCUUCCGGCUGGUGGCAUCGGGAGCGCCCAGCAACUUGAGCGUUACGAAAACCUCUAAGGCGGGCGGGGUGGACCGGCUGACCGACACGUCGCGUUACACGGGCACGCACAAGGAGCGCUUCGACCAGAGCGGCAAGGGCAAAGGCCGUGAAGGCCGCGAGGAUAUUGUGACCAACACGGGCUACGUAGCCGCCUACAAGGACGCUGGAACCUAUGACACCAAGAUGAAGGACUUCAAGUAAGAUGACGCCCUCUGUUGGCAGGAAGUUGAAACACUCAGGUCAGGAUCGAGUGUGUGUGUGUGUGUGUGUGCGUGUGUGUGAGACAUGACCUCGAGGUAGCAACUUCCUGUCAGAGGUUGCGUGCACAUUUGACUUUGAAAGCGUCAGGAAACUGCACCACUGUUACUUCCUGUGUGUGUGUGUGUAUGUGCCCGCAUGUCUUCUCACUCUUGCUAACGUGGAAAUGUAUAUCUCCUUCUAAUGGCUCAUCCGUCAAUGUUCGCUCUCUGGGUGCCAUGGCGACAACACCGUUUCAUAAGUGACUUCCUCUUUAGAAAAUAAAACUUUGUAAAACCUUAACCAUCUGAAUGAAUGAACACAAUAGCAUUUGUUAACGAGGUAGUUUAUUGCUUCGUCAGCAUAUUUACAUUGGUGCAGCCUCUUGACUGGGCCAAGGUUCUAAAGGUUCUAAAGGUUCUAGAGUAGCUGCUCUCUUUACCUAUCAGGUGUUGAACCUGCCAGAUGACAUUUGAUUGGCUGCCUUAAGUUACAUGAUUAUAAAAAAGGACUGGACUGGCUGAUGCGUGGCUUUGGUUAAGGAUCGUAAUAAAGGACGGCAGUUUGUUGACAUCCUGCUCCAUUUGCGGAUCUUAUUUUGAUGAUUAUAUUUCAUAGUCUUGAUGACAUGCGUAUGAAUGCACGCGUCUGAAUGCUGCCUUGCUUGCUGACACAAGCGGGUUCCACUUCAAACUUAGCAGGAAGACCAAAGAUUUUUAAUAUUCAAAUAUAUAUUUUUGACAGGCUAGCUCGAGUGUGCGGCGCCGCCGCCGCCGCCGCCUCCGCCGCCGCCACCACCACCCCCAAAGGCAGACACCAAAUCUGCGACACUAGCAGCCGAGCGUGGCGCGUCUGCUUUCUGGGUCCUGCUCUUCGGGUUUACGUAGAGGCUUUUGGAGCGCAGAGUCGGGUAGGUUCUGUCCUCGUUGUCCUCCACGGGCUCCUCCCCCUCCCUGUUGUCGUGGUUACUUUGUAGCGCCGCAUGUUGGAGGGCGGGGUUGCACAACGCGCUGCUUUCGGAUCUCUUGGUGGACACGGGUGACGGCAAACACUGUGUGACCUUUGACUUUUCCAGCGGGUAGGAGACCACGGCCUCCAGUCUUGUUUUCUCUGUGUGUCCUCCUGCCGUUUCCAUGGCGACGGUUUCAGGUGAUCUGUGGUCCUGCUCACAGGGAGAGAUGAGGAUGCCCACGUUGGACAGAGACUGACUUCUGUCCCUCACUUGGUGGAUGUCUAGGGUGGAGCCCACCUCCUUGGCGGUCACAUGGGCGUCACCUGGACACAGGAAGUGAAAAGCUAACACGCUACCAUGGUUGUUUCCAUGGUGACCAUGCGCUAUCGACAGCUUGGAGUAUCGUGCGACACAUCCUACCUGCGUCCGCUUUCCCUUCCUGCCUCUCCGGACUCCCCCCAAGGGAGGUCCUAUCCGGGUCGGGCUCCAGCUGGUAGCGGAAGAGGCUGCAGCCGUCGGCGCUGUUGAUGCUGCCGCGUCGCAGCAGAGCGGCGCCGUCGCAUACGGACGAGCCUCUGGAGCGCGAGUGAGCCAGCUCGGCUCGGUCCACGCCGGCCAGCUUCUCCAGGGCGUUCAUCAUGCGACCUGAAAACUCCUCCAGCUGGGCCAGACGUAGGUCCACCGUCUGCAGAGACGCUUUCAUGGAGUGUUCCCGCUCGUUCACUUCCUCCAGACGCAUGAACAUGUUCUCCACCCUGGAUGGCCAAACAACAUGGAUGCCAUUUUACACGUUUGUGGGAGGAGGACGACCCGUGCAGGACGGGCUCACCUCUCGGAGGUGACCUUGAUCCUCUCGUUGUUGGACGACUGCUUCUCGUCGUCCUUCUCUCGGAAGUAUUCGUCCACGCACUGCUCCUCGAACUCGUGAAGACUCUUCAGUUCGUCCGCGUUCAGCAGCAGCUCUGCAAACACGCACGCCGACAUCCGUGUUCACAUCGCUGUCAAGACGUGGAGUGAUGCGUGAUGGCGAGUCUUACGCAGGCGUCUCUGGCGGUUGUCGCGGUCGCCGUCCUGCCGCCGGCGGCAGCGGCAACACAGCCUCUUGAGGACGAUGAAGAUGUGCGGGAAGACGAUGAGGGGCGGCGGCAGGAUGGGCCGGUCAUGGAAGGUCAUGAUCAGCUGGUAACGCUGGAACUUCCACACCUGGUUUGAGAUGGACUUCACCUCGAAGAACGUGUUGCUGUGGAUGCCCACGCACACGCACAUGCACACACAUGCACACACAUGCACACACACGCACACACACACACACACACACACACGGAUCUUCAGUGUCCGUCAACGUUUCACUAACUGGAAGCACUUCCUGUAGAAUCGCUAUGGAAAACAAACUGGGAGGACGUUUAGACAAGCUGGGAGGACAUUCAGAUGAAGCAAGGAUAUUUCAACACACUUGAGGACAUUUGAAGAAACAUGUUUGGGGACAUGGGUGAUAUUUGAACACGCUGUGGGGGACAUUUGGACAAACUGAGGGCAUUUGGCUAAAUGAGGACAUUUGGACUAACCAAGGACAUUUGAACAAACUGGUGAUGUUUGAGCACAACGUCAGGACAUUUGGACAAACCGAUUGUAUGUGGAUACACCGAGGACAUUAGGACAAGCUGUGGGGGACAUUUGGACAAAGUGAGAAUAUUUCAACAUGCUACAAGGACAAUUGCACAAACUAAGGAUAUUUGAGCAAGUGGGGAGGACAUUUGAAUAAACUGGACAUUUGGACAAGCUGAGGGCAUUGGACACACUGAGGAUAUUUCCGAUGAGGACAUUUGAAGAGACUGAGGACAUUGGGACAAACCAAGGACAUUUACGAUGAGGACAUUUGAAGAGACUGAGGACAUUGGAACAAACCAAGGGCAUUUGAAUAAACUGAGGACUUUUGAACAAACUGAGGGCAUUGGACAAAUUGAGGACAUUUGGAGAAACUGGACAUUGGGACAAACCAAGGACAUUUGAAUAAACUGAGGACAUUUGGACAAAUGAGGGCAUUGGACUCACUGAGGACAUUUAUGGUGAGGACAUUUGAAUAAACUGGACAUUUGGACAAACCGAGGACAUUGGGACAAACCAAGGAGAUUUGAAUAAACUGGACAUUUGGACAAGCUAUGAGGGCGUUGGACACACUGAGGACAUUUACGAUGAGGACAUUUGAAUAAACUGGACAUUGGGACAAACCAAGGACAUUUGAAUAAACUGAGGACAUUUGGACAAACUGAUGGUAUGUAGAUACACUGGGGACAUUUGGACAAGCUGUGAGGGCAUUGGACAAACUGAGGACAUUUCUGAUGAGGACAUUUGGAGAAACUGAGGACAUUUGAAUAAACUGAGGACAUUGGGACAAACCAAGGGCAUUUGAAUAAACUGAGGACAUUUGGACAAACUGAUGGUAUGUAGAUACACUGGGGACAUUUGGACAAACUGAGGACAAUUGAAUAUGAGGACAUUGGGACAAACCAAUGGCAUUUGAAUAAACUGAAGACAUUUGGACAAACUGAGGGCAUUGGACAAACUGAGGACAUUUCUGAUGAGGACAUUUGGAGAAACAGGACAUUUGAAUAAACUGAGGAGACAAAGCGAUGGUAUGUGGAUACACUGGGGACAUUAGGACAAGCUGUGAGGGCAUUGGACAAACUGAGGACAUUUCCGAUGAGGACAUUUGAAGAGACUGAGGACAUUGGGACAAACCAAGGGCGGACAUCCGGGCGUUUGGACAAACACUGAGCAACAAGUGACCUACUUGAAGACGGCGAUGAGCAGGUUGACCAGCAGGAUGUUAGCCACCAGAAGGUAGCAGGCCAUGAUGGCGGGCGUCAGCCAGGCUCCUGGUAUGCAAGGAGGAAGCUUCUUACCGUCUUCAUCAUACAUGUUAUCUCCACAUGGAGCUGAAACACACGAACAUCAUGAGGUCGUCAUUAGAAUGCUGCUAAACGCCAUGGCCUGGUCUUGCUACUGUCAUGAUGCUUACGGUUGAUCUCCAUGGCGUAAACUGAUGGCAACACAAAGUAGAAAAAUGGAGUCAGUCAGAGGUGAAGAAGAAGCAGACACACAAAAGCAACUCAAUACAAGUUGUGAGUCUUUGUGGGUGUUGACUUGUGUUGACUUGUUAUGUGUUGCCUUGGAGUGAAGUCAACAAUAAUAAUAAUCAUUCUCUCAAAUCGAAUACGGGGGUGCUGGAGCCUAUCCCAGCUGUCUUGGGGCGAGAGGCGGGGUCCACCCUGGACUGGUGGCCAGCCAAUCACAGGGCACAUAUAGACAAACAACCAUUCACACUCACAUUCAUACCUAUGGACAAUUUGGAGUGGCUAAUUAACCUAGCAUGUUUUUGGAAUGUGGGAGGAAACCAGAGUCCACAGAGAAAACCCACGUAUGCACGAGUUGGCCGAGGGUGGAAUUGAACCCUGGUCUCCUAGCUGUGAGGUCUGUGCGAAUUAUGGAAGUUAAGUGUGUCAGUGUGUGUGUGUGUGUGUGUUCAGUAAUCAUUCCAAGUAAUCAUUCCAUGAAUUCCAUGUCUUUAGAAAUGAAAGUGCACCCAGUCCAGAACACCGUUGGACUGACCGGAAGUCUUACUAUGAACUCUAGUCUUACGGUCUAUGGAGUCCGCAAACACCUCGCCGUAGAUCAUCCAGUAGGGCAUGUAGAAGAUGUUCCGAGCCAGGCGCCACGUGGGCUCCUCGUCCGGAUGCAGGAUGGCCUGCCGGGCCACGCCGAAGCUCAUCAGGACCACCAGCAUGAUGACCACAAAGUACAGCAUGUCGAUCAUCUGCAGACCGCAGCUUUAAUGUCGGGAUGUUUGCUCCGAGAAGGUCAAAGGUGAAGUGCCUGGUCCUACCAUCUUCCCGAUCAUCAUGACGUAUGGUCCCAGGUACUUGUUGACGCCAAAGAUGUCGAGGACGCGGAUGUACCAGAAGAUGAUGUCAACGCAGUAGAUGACGCGGCCGUAGCCCAUGUAGGGCUCGUUCUGCAGCCUCAGCAGGAGCCCGAGCAGGAAGACCCAGAUGGCCACCAGGUCUGUGAUGUUCCAGUAGUCCUCCAACCACACGUUAAUCUUCUGCUUCAACUUCCCUGGCUCUGACAUCAGGAUCUGAGGACAGAAGACGCUGACGACUCGUCGGUCUGGUUCUGAAUCUCGUUUUUUUCCGAACCAGAACCGCUUUACCUGUCGGACUUUCUCGAGUCCCAGCGUGAUGAUGUACGAGAUGACGAUCCACUCCUGAAGGGACGGCCAUCGCUCCAUCUUGACCAGGAUGAUGUAGUUGUAUAACAUGAGGUAGACCAGGUAGGAGAUCUGAGGGUCACAUGACUGACACGUCACAUGGGUACUAGAAGUAAACGUACUUCUGAGAUACAAAAUGGACUUGCCGUGUUGAACCAGAACUUGGUGAAGGGGGCGUUGUAGAACUCAUAAAUCUUCCUCCCAAUGGGGACCCUCUUCCCGCCUUUCUUGUGGUUCUCUUCCUCAUCCCCUUUCUUGGACAUGGUGUCCACGGUUGAGACGGCGUCCUGGUACAAAGUCACGGUCACUCAAAGCGGAGACAAAAGAUGUAAGGACGCCGUGGAGCUUCUUGUCCUACUUUGCUGGACUUAUUGUCGUCGUCCUUGCUUUUGCUGACGUCAUUCUCCUUGGAGGAGUGGUACGAGGUUUCAUCUCCGAGACGGAACUCCAGGAGGAGGAUUGCGGGAGGGAAAAUGAUUCCUAAAAUCACCUGCACAAAGACGGAAAGGUUUAAGGAGAACCUCGAAGGUGAAGGGACCGCCUGUGAAGGUGACCUUGAGGCUGUUGCUCUUGCCCAUCCUCAAGCAUCCCAUCCACAUGUCGGUGAGCAACAUCUGGCUGCAGGUGUGGGCGAUGAAGUCUCGGUGUUUGGCGGCCACCGCCAGCUUCAGACAGGUGGAGUUGCUCCAGUUCUUCAGUUCGUAGGUCAGCAGCUUCAUGGCCACCUGCUCGUCGCGUUUGUACGACUGGUCCAGCAGCUCGUAGGCCAGCUGCCCGAACUCUCUGCGAACGCAAAACAAGAUCACACGUGAAGACUCGUGGUGGCGUCUGCCUUCCGUCUCCGUCCAAAGAGAGCGGUCUCACUUGGAGUUGUUCUCCAAGUCCUGGUAGAUGUCGUCCACCAGCUCGCUCUGGGAUGACUCGUGGGCCAUAGCCUUGUAGAGCUUGCAGGCUACCAGAGCUUUGGCCAUGGCCUCCUCCCCCCGCUGCCACAGGAACAGCGCCAUCUUCUGGCGCUUCAUCAGCACCGCCCACACCAUCAGCUCGUGGAAGGGGUAAUGGAAACGGCUGACCUCGGGGUCAUCCACGUCGAUGUCUACCUCCUCCUCCUUCUUCUUGUUCUUCUUGCCUUUGCCUUUGGGACGGGGCUCGUCAUCCUGAAGUCCACCACAGCCAGGACUUUAUUCUCCUUUUCCUUUCCCAAAGUCUUUGGGAGAACACUUACCUCCAUUCCCAGCAGCUUCAGCGCUUUGGGCUGAAAGGGAAAACAUCUCAUGAGUUGAAGUUCCUUCAUCCAACACUUAGUUCUGAUGAGUCUGGUCUGGUGUUUGACAAAUGUUCUUCAGGGUCGUGCUCACCCUCUUCAGGCCGUACAAGUUGUUGUACAGCGUCCUGAAGCUCUUCCUUGUGUAAUUGCAGCGAUAAGCUCCGCCCAUCAAGAACUCCAGCACCAGGCCGAUGUCGAUCAAGGUGAUCUGGUAGUCUGGAGGGAGGUUCCCCUGGAGAACAAGUCAUGCAAGCAAGGCCGCUAAGCCGAUCUUUCCAUACCUUCGGCUGGUAGUCAAGUCCUGGCAACUCACCUUUUUCACAUCUCGGACCACAAAGUGCAGGGUAUUGGGGGGUCCGAGCUUCUGCAGGACGCAAAGACAAACAGGAAGUAAGGCAUUAGCUAAGUCAGGAAGAAAGGAGGCGGACCACCUCGAUGGGACUGUGACUCUGUACCCAGUUCCUGGGGGUGCACAACAAUCACAAUAUUUAUGGAGUUCGUCCCUUCGCUGGCUUGUGUAGCCAAGACGGCCAUGAGUGAGGGCGGUGCUUCGAGACCCGCCUGUCAGUCACGUGUCAGCUUUUUGAGAUGAUGGAUGUUAAGCUGCUUGUUGCAACGAGACGAUGGACAUCAAAGCUGAAAGCUUUUGUCUUGUUGUGGCAGUAAAAUGCGGUAUUAAAUAUACAUAUGACAUCUUCUGUUAUACACUGUAAGGAUUUAAUAUUUUAAUGCUGCUGUAAUCUCAAUAAAGUUCACAUCAAGCACAGCUGGUCUAUUUCGGGACACAAAUAUAAACAUAUCAUAUACAAGUAUACGCUAAUAUGCAGCUAAGCUAGGCUAACACACAGCAAGAGCCGACAGGACCACCACCACCUCUGCGAGGCGCGGGUGCGCUCACCGUGUUGUAGAGCUCCUCCAGACGAGGGAUGGUGAGGAAGUGAUGGAUGUUGACGCCGUUCUCAAUGAGAAGUUUCACAAAGUCCACUCUGUCUAAGACCAGCGCGUCCAUCAUGGCCUGCUCCAACGAGUUGACCUGCGCCAACAUGGCCGACGACAAGGUUUCAGCAGGGGAUGUUGACAGUUUCACAAGGUAGGUGAGCGAGUUAAUUGCUUUAAAAGUAAAUUAUGGAUUAUGAUCGCAUUCCCAAAGUUUUUCUUCUACCCAGCUGAGCAGCUCCAGUUUCCUGGGAUCCGUCUCUUCUGGUGGUUCUGGUUUGCUUUUGCCUCCUUUUCCUUUCUUUCCUCGUGCUUUUCCUUUAGCGGCUGCGGGUGCCGCCGCCGCCCGCUGGACCGCUGCCGGACUUUUGGGAUGCUCGCUAAGCUUCACCGGCUGAGCACAAACACGGAAGACACAUUUAAUAAUAAUAACCGUGAUCAUAAUAAUGCUAACGGGAUCGGAACAGUCGGAAUGUCGUGUCUGAACUCACCGGCCAGUGAUGUCCAUACACAAAGAUCUGAUUCCGAGCGAUGUCCACUCGAUUCCACGCCAGCGCCAAACUCAGCUGGUCACACGCCGACGCGUUUGUACCUGCAGUCACAUGUGAGAGUGGAGGGCGGCUAAGCUAACAAAGAUCUUUUUUUUUAUGUCACCUUUGAGCAGCGCCGUCAGGAUGGACAUCUCGAUGUCCUGCUGGCCUUCAGAACCCAUCCGGAACACUGUAAUCUGCAACAUGACAUGACGGCAUCACCGUGACGACGUGUACGUGCACUUGGCGGACAACUGCAGUCUACGUGAAGUUAAAUGAAGGAGCGUCUUAUCGGCUCUCAUGUGACCUUAUAUUUUGCAGUGCAUUGUGGGAUUAAAGAGUCCAUUAGGAGCAGGUUGAAGGUCAUACCGUACCGAGGGAGGGGUUGACGGACGCAGAUGGUGACAAAGUGGACAGCAGGAUUUAUGAAAACUGAUGACGUCCUACCAGAGCUUUUUUCUUCAUGCACUCCAUCACCAUGAGAAAGAUCUGCUGGGCUUGACUGCGUCCGUAGUUGAAGGUCUUCUGGAUGGUCACCAGCAGCUGCUCCUUCACGCCCUCGCUCACCAAGCUGCGGUCACGUGACAUCAGUAAGUGUCUCCCCGUCAUGGCGAGAACCAUCAGAAGUGCCGCCACUCACCCGUCGGCUUCGCAGUAUCUGUGGGCGAAGGAAAUGAUGUCGGAGGCCCGGCCGCUGCCGUCACACACGACCACGGGGACGGGGGGCUCCUCCUUCAGGCUCUCCAACACGAUGGAGAUCACGUUGGGACCGCCCUCCAGGAUCAGACACACCACGGGGACCCCCUGACCCAGACCUAUGGCACAGAGCCCCCGCCUGAGUGACGCCCACCACGCCCUGCCCGCAAACACCAGCUUUCUUCUUCUGCAGUGGCCGUGACGGCUGAGCCCCCCUUUGCCAUCCCCGCCUGGCACGUGGCUCUAGGCGUAGGAUGACAAAGGGAAGCCCGGCGGUCACAUGAUGGCUAUGGGCUUGCGGUCACAUGACUCACGCGUGUUGAUCUUCUGCAAGGAGAUGUGUUUCUCCAGCUGUCGGCGCAGUCGGACCUCGGCGCCAUACUUGCCGCUGGUGCCGUUGUCGGCCAGGAUGAAGUGGGAGUGGCUACUGUUUAGAACCGACAGCUUGCUGAGGGGAUUGGCCAUGGUCUGAUAGGGGCGGGACACCUGAAGUGGGCGGGGCAAAGAGUUACGUGUCUUACAUAUGUCAGAUACAUCUUACAUCUCACAUCUCUCCCGAUGAGGUCCUCCUUGUUCUCGAUGAUGCCCCACGGAGCAAUGCCAAUGGCGCACACUUUGCCACGAGACUUGGACGAGUGGUCCUUCAGAGCGUCCCCAACAUGGCGGAUCACGCCUGGAAGACAAAGGAUCUGCAGUCAGAAGCCCCCUGCAUCCGAGCAGCCAUGGGAAUGUUCAAGUACCGGUACUGACGCCGCCCGUGAAGAUCCACGCUCCUGUGGUGACGGCGGCUUUAAUGAGGCCCCGCCCAAACACCUGCCGCAGCUUGGGGGGCAGCUCGAAGUUCUGGAGGCCCCCGUGGACCGAGAUGAGCAGCGUGGGAAGCUCCAGCUGCCAUUCCUUCACCAUCAGGUGCAGCAAGGAGUCCGCCUUGGAGUCGUACGAC